UUUCUUAGUAUUUUAUUUGUUACUCUUUAAUUUAGUGCAGAAUGGAGAUAAUAGAUGACCAGUGCCGGGAUUGGAAGAAAACCCAACUGACCGGUUUCUUUAGAGAUGGGGUAAGACGCAUUGACCUCAUCAUGGUUACCAAGGACAAUCCGGUUGAGGAGGUGGAACACGUCAAGAUGGACUUCCUCAUCAACACCAUGAAUGCUGGGUUUGAGCUGGAGAUUGAGACCGGGAUGAGAGACAGACACAGGCAUUUGUUGUUCAUAAAAGUACAUGCGCCGGAUCACAUUGUGAAGCAUUUCGGCUACUACUACAACAUCCGCAAGUAUUUCAAGGAUAGCCACUUGAAGUAUGUCAGCUCUGCCGUUAAGGACGAGACGAAUCUCGUCAAAGUUGUCAGGAGAGUUUCUCCCGGACCCCUGAAUUAUUCGACUUUGGAAAGAUCGCUGAUAACCUACAAAGUACUUCAGGCAAUGACAUUUGGGGAGCCGAAGAAUUUUAUCGGUAUACAAAGAUUAUUAGACCACAAUAUUCUACUGGAUGUGUACCCCCUUCACGACGGGCCGUAUUUCUUGACCAAGUUCCAAAAACCUGCGGAGUUCCAUGGCCGACAAGCUUUGUUCUACAACUGGGUAGGGUACAGGAACCUGUCUCGAUGGCAGCCGAUACACCUCAUUCGGGAGUACCUCGGAGAAAGGAUGGCAUUUUUAUUCGCUUUUUUCGAAUACUGCAACAUUACCCUCGCGAUCACAGGGCUCUUUGGAGUCAUCAUGUUUAUUGUGGGCAUAUUAACAAAAGACGACCGAGAAAAGAAGAUUGUGAAUAAGUAUGAUAAAAAACCCAAUACGCAUGUCUUUAUGGAAAAGAAUACGGCCACAAAAUAUAACGAUUUACCUGUCUGCCCGAAAUGUAAGGAUUUCGUCGCUUGCCCUUUUCGUUACAUGGAGGACUACACAGGCGAAAAUAAAACAAAGCUGGCACUAGACUUCCCUUACAACAUCGCGUAUGCUUAUUUCGUUGUCAUGGCAACAUUGUUGUUGUACGUUUUAUGGAGAAGAAGAGAAAAUUAUCUAAGCUGGUUAUGGGAGGUGGACGAACAUUACGAGAAACGGAUGCCAAGACCAGAACACUUGCACGAACCACCGGUGCCAGGUCGCGUGGUCCACGCGGUCAAGAAUAAGAGACUGUACGCUUUCUUCCGAAGAAUCAACCUCACCAGCAUCAUGAGAAAGAUCAAUGAAUUCGGAGUGCUCGUAUUGAUAUUAGUCGCCUUUUUCGUAACAUACUUGCCAGCUAUGAUCAGCGUAUCGCUGACUAGUUUGAAUAGGAUCAGGUAUGUUGAGGAAGAAAUAAGGGUGCUAAAGGUGGGGUACCAACAACACGUGCUGAACUUAAUAGUUGUGGGUUUGCUCGGGCUUGUCAAUGGCAGCUGUAUUAUGCUGAUGGAAAAUUUGUGGAUUAUUGUCGCCAAACGCUUGUCUGAGAGUCUGAACCCUCGAACGCACAAAGCCUAUGAAAAGUAUCAUAUUUUUAAAACGUUUGGAAUGACGGUAGUCAUUAAUUUUGGAUUGAUAUUCUUCUACGCGUUUUUCAAGGGUGCCCUGUACACUUAUCCCAGUGAUAUGGACAGGUGGAACAUGCCUCUUAGUCUGGGCAUGUGGAAUUGUGGCAUGCUCCCGUGUAUUGACGAGGUCUUCGUCAUCUACAUAACUACCUUCCUAUCUAAGAGAAUCUAUAACGAAUUUGCUCUGCUUCUCGAGAGAUGGCGUUACAAGAGAGAUGUUUAUCCCUUGGACGAUGGUUAUGUAGACAUCCCGUCCUGGGAAAGAGAGUAUGAACUGUAUCCCAUUAAUCAGCACUAUAUUAUGGACAGAUUUAACGAGAUAUUUAUCAACAUGUGCAUUGGAACGUUCUUUGCAAGUAUCGUUCCAUUUUGGGGAUUUGUAGUAUUCAUAUUUAACGUUUGGGACAUCAGGUUUUGGGCUAAAUACCUGAUCGUUCAUAGUCGAAGGCCUCUCAUCCAACAAACUUGGGGCCUGUCCUCAUGGAAAUAUGUUCUACUCUUCCUACCCUUCGCAGCUGCCUUCGUUAACGUAAGGGUCUGUUUAUCGUUAUCGGCCCAUUAG